GCUUUCUUAUCUCGAUGCGUGGGGAGAGCGUAUCACUGCCAAGCCCAUUCUACUCAACCUGUCUCGUACAAAUGUAGCUGUUAUUUAAUUUCGCAUACGAAAGUAUUGUUUUAAUUUGCAACUCGUAAAAAGAUAACAUUCAAACGCUUGUGGGUGUAUUAUUGCUAUGGACACUGGGAGCUGUAAACUAGGUACAAAGUUAAUCGUCAUCAUGGGAUUAAUCUUGAGGUAUGCAGCAGGAGAGGACGAUUACCAACGUGUUGUUAAAACAUGCAAUUACGACUCGGACUGCGUCGCAAAUGCGUACUGCAAGGAACAGAGCUACUGCCAGUGUAAAAAAGAUUUCAUAAUCUACGCUGCUGAUGCGAACAGUUUCUCAUGUCUUGAAGAAGCCAUUGUUCUGGGCGAUGCCUGCGAAGCAGACAUCCAGUGCACGAAACCUUUCGGGAGCUACGCCAAAUGCGCUACCAGAGAGGGAGGUUUUGGGACAUGCAAGUGCAUGGCUAACGCUCACUUCAAAGAUGGCAGGUGUUACGAGACGUCAUUGAUUGGAGGGAAGUGUAAAGUUCAUAACAACUGCUACCUCGCGUCCGGGAUGCCUGCCUACUGCGACAAGAGCGAGUGUACGUGUCCGAACAGCCACCAUCCGAACCAAAAUGGCACGGACUGUAUCAAAACAGUUUACCUAGACGGACCAUGUCAGACUGACCAGGAGUGCGUCACUGAGAACUCGAGGUGUGGCGACGUCUGUCGAUGCAGAGUGAACUAUAUACAGAGUCGAAAGGAAGACGGGUGUCUCAAAGCUGCAGACAAGAUCGGCGACCCAUGUUCGGAGAACGAGCAAUGUACCAUGUUCCUCGGGAAGACCACGUGCAGCGUCGAAGGCCACUGCAGCUGUCUCCCCGGGUACCACCACAUCCCGCCCAACAGCAAGUGUUUCCCGGACAUUGGACUGGGUGGAAUGUGUGAAGACAAUGCUGAGUGCGCGGUACCAUCUGCUGUGUGCAGUGCAGGAAUAUGCAGCUGUGGAUCGGGUUUGAUCCCCGAUGACGAUAACACCAUGUGCACAGGUGACAAUGGAAAGAGAACGGCUGAACACGGUUUAAUUGUUGUGCUGUUAUCCCUCGCUCUACCCAGAUUAUUUGAAUAUUUAAAAUCGUCAACGUAAAUAAGUGCAAACAAAAUGAUUCACAACAGUUUCCAUGACCAACCCAUUGUUUAAUCGUGAACAACAAUAUGCAGCUAGAUGUCCAAAGAAGAGAAAAAUUUACAUCCGGCAACAUAACACCUCGUCAAAGUGAAAGUCGAUUUCAGUGUAGUCCCUUGAUACUUGCCGACGCGAAAAAGCCGGACCUCAAAAGAAAACAGUUACUUCCCACAUGCUAUUUCCUUUCUGACCACUGUCAAAAACACAUCCCACACAC